GGACCGCGGGGGCCUCGCUCUCUUCUGUGCUGGUAGCGGCCACCGGCAGGGAACACGGCGCGAUGUCUGCUCGCUGCCAGCAGAGUCCGGUGCUGGCAGGCAGUGCCACUUUGACCGCCCUGGGGGCACUGGUCCUGUACCUCGCGAAGCCUUCCGGCUACGGGAAGUACUCGGAGAACCUGAUGCCCGCGGCUGUCCGUCUGCCCGCCCGCGCCGCCUGGUUCCUGCAGGAGCUGCCCUCCUUCGCGGUGCCCGCGGGGAUACUCGCCUGGCAGCCCAGCUCUCUCUUGGGUCCGCCUGCGACUGUGCUUCUGGGCCUCUUCUGCGCACAUUACUUCCACAGGUGGAUUCUUAACCACAAAACCACCAGGACAUUUGUUUAUUCCGUGCUCACUAGAGGGAGGCCGUUUCCAGUUGUAUUCCUUUUCAGAGGCUUUGUCUUCUGCCUGGGAAAUGGAUUCCUCCAAGGCUACUAUCUGGCUUACUGUGCUGAAUACCCGGCUGAGUGGUACACAGACAUACGGUUUAGCCUGGGUGUCUUCUUAUUCAUUUUGGGAAUGGGAAUCAACAUUCACAGUGACUAUAUAUUGCGCCAGCUCAGGAAGCCUGGAGAAAUCAUCUAUAGGAUUCCACAAGGUGGCUUGUUCACGUAUGUUUCUGGAGCCAAUUUCCUUGGUGAGAUCAUUGAAUGGAUCGGCUAUGCCCUGGCCUCUUGGUCCCUCCCAGCACUUGCAUUUGCAUUUUUCUCACUUUGUUUCCUUGGGCUUCGAGCUUUUCAUCAUCAUAGAUUCUACCUCAAGAUGUUUGAUGACUACCCCAAGUCUCGGAGAGCCCUCAUUCCGUUCAUCUUUUAAAGAAACCAAAGAACAAGGGAACAAAGCUCCCAUGAUCCUGUUGAAAACCAUCAAGCUGCUGAACCUGUAACUUUUAAAGUCCCACUGUGUAUGUGUAAUAAUAGUGUGGUGUCCUGGCAGCUGGCCUGAGGAGUCUGCAUGGGCCCCCCUAGUGUCUCCUCCCACCCCCCUGGGGGUCUCUGUGCUGCUCUCCUGUUGAAGAAUAAGGCCCCACCUUUUAAUGCAGAGAUACCUGCUUCUUAGCUAUUCCUCCUAUAAAGUGCAAACUUCCCUAUGUGUUUUUUCUUUUGAAUGGCCCAAGUACAUGUGGCUUUAUACCUACUCUGUAUCAGUGUUAAGACUUCUGCAGUUGAGAAAGCUUUGAGUUGAGGGCAUUGCUUAUAGAAUUUAUUAAAGUACACGUUUGACUCCUAUACAAAUUAGCAGCAAUUUAAAUUCCGAAGCUGCACAGACCCAGAGCAAUUCUCCUCCCAAAUGAAAACCUACUCACCUCUUCCUUUUCCUUAGUUAAUUAUGAAAGAUGUGACAUGAUUAAGUAGACUUUGAGCAGAGGAGCCCUCUCUUCAUUCUGCUGAAGAUGCAACAAUACAUUGACCCCAUUUCAAAUUUGUGCAUUGUCUUAGUGGCUCUGUGUUCCUGAAGAUUUCACAGUCCCCAUUAGAGACACCAUACACAGGCUAACACAGAUAACUGGUGUGGAUUUUACCAAAGGUCAGGUUUUAAUGACCACAAAGAAGAAGAGAUGACUCUGGUUGACCACAGAGGGAGAGAGAAAGUAUUUUACAUAUAGACUGCAAACUCUCAUGGUUUUGGAAACUGGUGUGUGUAUGUGCUUAGUUGCUCAGUCGUGUCCGUCUCUUUGUGACCCCAUGGACUAUAGCCCACCAGACUCCUCUGUCCAUGGGGAUUCUUCAGGCAAGAAUACUGGAGUGGGUUGCCAUGCCCUUCUCCAGGGGAUCUUCCCAACCCAGGAAUUGAACCCAGGUCUCCUGCAUUGCAGGCGGAUUCUUUACCAUCUGAGCCACAAGAGAAGCCCUGGAAACAGGUGGAAAUAGCCAAAUAACGAGAGUGUCAGACAAUGGAAAGUACCGAGUUAGAGUGUAUGCUGUUUCCCUUGACCAGAUGUGUACAGUGAUGGUGAAGCAUCUCAGAAGCACCCAGCAUCUCUUCCCUUCUGGAGUUUCUGCACCACAGUCCUCAGGAUCUGUUCAAGAAGGAAUCCCCUAGAGGUGCCUUGAACCUCAGUCCUUAGAAGUCCUGGGAGCCGAGGCUGGAAUUCACAACCAGAAGGACACUUCUAGGCAGACAACCUGCUUUGUUUGGCCCCAACAGUGUUUUACACAUAGUUUGGUUUUCUUUUUCUUUUUACAUUAAAAGUUUCCAAAAUUUAAAAAUUAGGAGGUUUCUUCAUUUUCCAGUUUCUUUUAGAACAUUGGAGAAUCUGGGCCUGUGGAGCCUGCCAAGAACUGGGACUGGUCAGCUGGUAGACAUCAGAAUUUGCAACCUCAGUGGAGAGGGGUGUCACUCUCAAGUGGAUGCUGAAACUUUGGGCUCUCUAAGGAAGGGACUGAACCCUCCUAACCAGAAUACAUGAUGAUAUUUGUCUCUGCAGGUCUAGGUUUGUGUCCAGCAUUGGUAAUCUUUAGCAAAUCUCUUUGAGAAGUGAGCACCAGUUUCAUCCUAUGUAGUGCUAAGUGCAGAAAUUCACUAGCUAAAAUACACAGGACACUCAAAAGAUCUGAAGAUGUAUAUGACUGAAAAAUACAAAUUGUAAUCAUUUAUACACAUGUUUUGCUGUUUAAAUAACUCUCAAAUUAUGGAUAAGUAAGUUUUUUUUAAUUAAAAGAUCCCCAAACUUAUAAAUAUUUUUAUAAGGUGUUGAGCCGUGUUUGUUCCCUUUUAUUCUGUGUUUUUUUGUUUGUUUGUUUUGUUUUCCCUGAGUGCUGCUUCCUUUCUUCCUUCUCUAUUUUGCCAACUUGAAAUUCAGGGCCCUGAGCUGAAAAUAAAAGAGAAAUAUGACUUAUAGAGCUUGUCAACCACAGCUUAGAACUCCAAGCAGGUGCAAUAAAGGCGCAGGAGAAUGUACUAAGGCUGGAUGCCCCUCCAAGUGUUCAGGAAUUCACCGGGGAGUGGGGAAACCACGCUCCGUGAAAUCAAUCUUAAGGUGUAGGUUGGCCUCUGUGAAAUGACUUCCAGUUCUCUCUGCAACACUUAAAACUGCCUUUAUGAAAUCCUUUAUCUUAUUACUAUAUAUAAUACCCAGACCAGUCCGUGAUUUGUAAUAAAU